UCGACAGCAGUGCAUGCACAGGAUCUCCCAGUUUCCGAGAGCAAGCUGCUCCAGUAGUAGUGGUGGUGUCGAGUCGCAGGGAAGGCUCAGUGGUCAGCUUUCAACACAUCUUCUUCUUUAGCAACUCUCCCUCACGCAUACACACACACACACACACACAGUCGGGUCGGAUUUAUCCUAAUAAAAUUAUCUGUAUGAUUGGGAGACACAAACGCGCAGUAUGGUCCGGGAAACCAGACACUUAUGGGUGGGGAAUUUACCUGAAAAUGUACGAGAAGAAAAAAUUAUCGAGCACUUCAAACGAUAUGGACGUGUGGAGAGCGUUAAGGUCCUUCCAAAGCGUGGAUCAGAGGGUGGAGUCGCAGCCUUUGUGGACUUUGUGGACAUUAAGAGUGCUCAGAAGGCUCACAAUUCUAUCAACAAGAUGGGGGACAGGGAUCUGCGGACCGAUUACAAUGAGCCAGGGACUAUCCCGACGGCUGCUCGAGGUCUGGACGAUAGCCUGUCCAUAGCCACUCGCGGGCGGGACGUUUCGGGGUUCACAAGGGGGGCGGGGGCCCCAGUGUAUGGGACCCCUGCAUCGCUCCACAGCAGAGAGGGACGCUAUGAACGCAGACUAGACGGGGCUUCAGAAAGUCGGGAACGCUCUUACGAUCACAGUGCCUAUGGACACCAUGAACGUGGCAGCAGCAGUAGUUUUGAACGCCAGCGUCACUAUGACACAGACUAUUACCGUGACCCACGUGACCGGGCGCUCAGCGGAGGUGGUGGAAGCACUAGCUCUUCUAGUGCGAGUGCUGGAGGAGCUUCUUUAGGGGUCACUGGAGGGGUUGGAGGGACAGGAUCUAGCAGCAGUGCUGCUGGGGGCAGCAGUGGAAGCACUGCUGGAGUAGGAAGUGGAGGAUCCACAUCAGGUGCGGUUAGCUUUUACGGAUCCCGGAGUCGGAGCCCCAGUCGCUUUGAGACUACAGAGACUCGAUAUGAGGCCCGUGCUCGUGAAGCCUUUACACUGGCCAGCGUGGUGCACCGGGAUCUGUACCGCGAGGAGAGAGGCAGACGUGGAGACAGGACUUACCGCCACAGUCGUAGUCGUUCUCCACACUCCUCGCAGUCACACAACAUUUCUCCACAGAGGCUAGCAAGCCAGGCAGCAAGACCCCCACAUUCCCCCAGCGGCUCUGGCUCCCGCAGCCGCUCUUCAAGCUCAGACUCAGUCAGCAGCACCACCAGCAGCAGCAGCGGCAGUGAUUCCAGUAGCAGUUCUAGUGAUGAGUCCCCAGCUCGAUCUGUUCAGUCAGCUGCUGUACCUGCCCCUUCCUCUCAACCCCUCCCUCCACUAGACAAAGAUGAGCCUCGUAAAAGCUUUGGAAUUAAGGUGCAAAACCUCCCUGUGCGCUCAACAGAUACAAGCCUGAAAGAUGGUCUCUUCCAUGAGUUUAAGAAACAUGGCAAAGUGACAUCUGUGCAGAUUCAUGGUGCUUCUGAGGAACGAUAUGGACUUGUCUUCUUUCGUCAACAAGAGGAUCAGGAGAAAGCCCUUAGUGCAUCAAAAGGGAAGCUUUUUUUUGGGAUGCAGAUUGAUGUUACUGCUUGGACUGGCCCUGAAACAGAGAGUGAGAAUGAGUUCCGACCGCUCGACGAACGGAUAGAUGAAUUCCAUCCCAAAGCUACACGGACUCUGUUCAUUGGAAAUUUGGAGAAGACUACAACCUACCAUGACCUGCUUAACAUUUUUCAGCGUUUUGGGGAGAUUGUUGAUAUUGAUAUAAAGAAGGUUAAUGGUGCUCCACAGUAUGCCUUUUUGCAGUACUGCGAUAUUGCUAGUGUCUGCAAAGCAAUAAAGAAAAUGGAUGGUGAAUACCUUGGGAACAAUAGGUUAAAGUUGGGAUUUGGUAAAAGUAUGCCUACCACAUGUGUAUGGUUGGAUGGCCUGGCUUCCAACAUUACAGAACAGUAUCUUACACGGCACUUUUGCCGUUAUGGUCAUGUUGUUAAGGUUGUCUUUGACAGAUUAAAGGGAAUGGCUCUUGUCCUGUACAAUAAUAUAGAGUGCGCACAGGCUGCAGUAAAGGAAACCAAGGGCUGGAAGAUUGGGGGUAACAAAAUUAAGGUUGACUUUGCCAACCAUGAAAGUCAGAUGGCUUUCUACCGUUCAAUGCAGGCAUCUGGACAAGACAUCAGAGAUUUUUAUGACCUCCUAUCUGAGCGGCGAGAUGACCGCAGACCAUCAUAUCAUGAAUUCUCCACAGAGCGGGCAUAUUAUGAAAAUGUUAGAACCCCUGGAACCUACACAGAGGAUCCACGUCGCAAAUAUCCUGCCAGAAGUCGGGAGUUUUACACAGAAUGGGAUCCUUAUGCCACAGACUACUAUGACCCACGAUAUUAUGAUGAGCCCCGUGAAUACAGGGAUUACAGAGACCCUUAUGAGCAAGACAUUAGAAAAUACAGCUACAUGCAGCGAGAACGCGAUAGAGAUAGAGAGCGCUUUGAAACAGAUCGUGAACGUGAUCAUGGUCGACGGACGAUUGAGCACAGCCAAAGUCCAUCUCAUCCACGUCGCCCUGCUAGCCCUGCUGGUUCUCCCUCACUCUCUGAACGGUUACCUAGUGACUCUGAGCAUCAUAUUUACAGUCGCUCCUCUGAGCGAAGUGGCAGCUGCAGCUCAAUUUCACCACCACGUUUUGAAAAGCCAGACAGAAUUCGUUUAGACCGAUAUAAUAAAAGUGAUAAACUUGAGAAAGAAAGACCACUCUUUGAAACAGAGCGUGGAAAUGGGGGAGAAAAAGAAAGGCGUCUUGGACGGAAGGAUAAAGGAGACAAGGACAGAGUAGAGAAGCAAAAGUUAAGGAAAUUAAAGCUUGCAUCUCCUAGUGUUCCAUCAUCUGAGACUGAACCUGAACCUGACAGGGAAGUAAGCCCUGAUACAGCUCAGCGUAAUUCGAGCAAAUUCCAGCUCAGAGAAAAAGAUUCUGGAAAAGGAAGACUGGAUCUUCCACCUUGUGUUGUCCAGCUAACACGAGUCAAAGAAAAAGAAGGGAAGUUAAUGGACCAUGCAGUUAUUGAGAAACAAAGGGUAAAGGCUGGCUGUGAUCCUGUCAAGUCUCCACCCCCACUUCACUCAGCUGACCACAAGACUAUGUCCCUUCGAAUAGAAACUCAAAAUAGAGAGGUCCUUAAACAUGGAAAAGGUCCCAAAGAUAAAUGUUUGGCUAGCCAGGUGGAGGUUGUAGACAAAGAAGGAAAAAACAAAGGCAGACAGUACAUUAAAGCUGAGUUAGCAUUUGAUAAUUCUGCUAUGGAUAGUGAUCGUUUAGCUGCUCGAAAAAGGCGCUUUGAGGAAGCAACUGCAAAAGCUAAUCGCUUAAGACAAUUAACACAGGAAGAAGACGAACGAGGGGUUGGAUUAAAAAGGCUGGGUGAUUGUCAUUUGUCAAAGGGGAUAGAUGGGGACAGAAAAUUCUCUCAAAUGGAGGUCAUUAAACGAGAGAACAAAAUUGCUAAGACAGAGAAACUGGUUACUGUAAAUACCACAGGAGAUGGGUCAGAUGUGAUCAGAGAUCUUGGUCUUAGCCCAGACUUUCAAUCUAGACUUGCCGAACCAACAGGGGAGGCAACACUUUCUUUAAACAGUCAUGACCAGAAGAUACAGGAUUUUGAAGCAGAGAGCCACCCUUGCCUCAAUCCUACAGUGUCUGAUGAGGGAAACUUUGAAAUGGAACACUCAAGAGAGCAACACUUAAGACAGAGCAAACCUGAAGGAUGCCCUGUGUUAAAUGAUAAAGAUACAGUGGAUAGUGAAGGAAGAUUACUCUUCGAUAUUGACCACUCCCAAAGCUGUAGAAAGCAAAUGGAGAAAAGCCGUCGUCUCCAACAGCAGCUGCAAGAAUGUGACAAAACAGAUAAAACUGAAAGUACACCUAGCACUGAUGCUGAGGACUUUGAUCGCCGAAGUCUUGUACAUGAGGUAGGUAAACCCCCUCAGGAUGUCACUGAUGACUCUCCUCCGCUAAAGAGAAAGAAGUCAGAGCCAUUUGAUUAUGAUUUCAGCACUAAUAGGGAGCGCAAAUAUCGGAGUUCCAGGCAAUUAAACAAUGAGACUGAAAGGAGGUUUACCUCUGCCACAGUUGACGAAGAGUCACCUGCUGACAUAUUACAUUUAAUGUCUGACAGAGAGAUAAAAGAUUCACCAAAAACAGAAAACAAGAUUACCUCUCAUUUAGAUGGACUAAAAUGCAAUGAUGACAAUACUGUCACAGAUGCAGAGUUAUUCAAGCUUAAGAAAUCACUGCUUGGUGAAGAAGAGUUGUGCUGGGAGAGAAAAAUGAGGCAAGAUACACUGAAAGUAGAAAUGAACUUUCCAAGCAGCAUUGUGAAACGUGAGAGCAUUAGAAAACGCCUUGUACGUGAACUGGAGCCUGGAGAGGUUCAGUCAGACUCUGAUGAUGAUGGAGGUGAUAUUAGACAUCUCUCACCAAAGCUGGAUACUGCCUUCAAAAGAGAACGUGAGGGAAGACUUCUAGACCUGAAGCUCUCAGGAUCCCUAGAGAAAAACAAGUUUUAUGAAUUUGCACUGGAUAAGACGAUAACACCAGACACAAAAGCUUUGCUUGAGCGUGCUAAGUCUCUCUCUUCAUCAAGGGAAGAUAAUUGGUCUUUCCUUGGCUAUGACUCAAGGUUCACAAGCUUUCGGACUGUCACUGACAAGGAAAAAGUUGAGCCCACACCAAGGCCUAUUCCUUCCUGGUAUAUGAAGAAAAAGAAAAUUCGUUCUGACUCUGAAGGAAAGCACGAUGACAAAAAAGAAGACCCCAAGCCAGAGGAACAAGAGCGCCAGGAGCUAUUUGCCUCUCGUUUUCUUCACAGCUCUAUCUUUGAGCAAGACUCCAGACGUCUUCGACAUCUUGAACGGAAAGACAACGAUCCUGAGGUUCGAAUAGAUAGAGAUAAUGGUAAGACUAGUGUUACUGUGGAAAAGGCUGCAACAGGAGCAGAUAUUUCACAGGAGCCUGUAGUGCUUUUCCGUAACCGUUUCUUGGAGCUACAGCAAAAAAAAGACAAAGACCAAGAGCUACACACUUCUGAAAAAGCCAGUAUGACUGAGACAGUUGAGAAAGGUAUUGUACCAGAUCAAGAGCUAUUGCAGACCCCUGAGAUGCCUGAUGCAGUGCAUGGACUUAAAUCAAUGAGCCCUAUUUCAUUGGCACCUCACUCUAUCCCCAACCCCACAGAGACAUCUUUUCAGCAGGAAAAGUCAACUGGGCCAACUACAUCAACAGAGUUACCUAUGACAUCAACUCUCCAUGAAAAAUUAGAAGAGACUCAGACAAUUACCCCUCAACUGCCAAGCCAAUUGAGCAGCAUCAAAGUAGCUAUUCCAGUAAGCACACCACCUAUGACAAAUAAAGACAGCACUGAAGCUGAGUCUAAUGAGGAAUUUGGUGAACCCAAAGUACCAGCUGCAAACACCUUAGCUGAGGAGCAGAACCUCGAUGUGAAGCCUCCCACUCCUGGUGCAUCCUUAAGUAAUGCAGAGCCAGAGUCUGCAGAGUCACUUUCACCUAAGUUUGAAGAUGCUCAAGAGAUUCCUAAGGCAGAGCUUUCAGAAGAUAAAACCGAGCAGCUUGAGUGUAAUUCUAACCAAACUGCAGAGUCAUCUUUGGAGGUGCAGCUGGCAGUCUCUGAACCUGAGGCUGAACGAGCACAACCAACACGCAAACAGCCAAAGAAUAAAAAGGCAAAAGCAAACCCAUCAGCGUUAAUACCCACAAUGCCAGCUCAGCAAGCUAACAGUGAGAAACCAGCUAUCCGUAAGAGUGAACGCAUUGACAGAGAAAAGCUGAAAAGGGCGUCAUCACCAAGAGUAGAGGCCACAAAGGUCCAAGCUGAUUCCAAAAACACAUCCAAGUCUCCUAUUCAUGCAGCAGAUUUGGAGCAGGCCAAUGAUUCAAGUCUGCUACAUGGCAGAACACGGCAACGGCGAAACGUUCGUUCUGUAUAUGCUACACCACCUGAGGAUGAAGCACAUCAACAACCAGGCAAGGAUGUUCCCGAAUCCUCUCGCUCUAUGCGGAAACGAGCUGUUGACAAAGAAUCUGUGCUGCAAGAUGUAUUGCCUACACCAGCUGUCACAAGGAGAGGUCGCCCACCUAAAACACGUAAAAGAGGGGAUGAUGUGUCUCCAAUGAAGGUGGAGCAAACUAAAAAUUCGGAGGGUGAAGACACUGACAGCAAAGAGUCUGGAAGUGGUGGUGAAGUCACUAAAGUUGCAGAGGGUUGGCGCUCUCCUCGCUCUCAGAAGACACAGUCAGUAGUUAGAGCUGCACAGAGUAGAAAAGCAGCUAAAGCAGACAAGCAGUCACACAGCACAGUGUCUAGUCCACAUAAUAUCUCUGAAACCUUGGAGUCUCAGGACAAAACAAAAGAUGAGACUCCGUCAGAAGUUGCAAAUACACUGUCAUGCAUAAAGCAACCAACAACAUCCAAAAGAGAGAAAGAAAGUAAACAUACUGAGAAGAAAUGUAGUGUGGAAAAACUGGAUGAAAAGGCAGAGACAGAUACUGUGGAAAAAACACAGACGACCGAUAGGAGCGUUAAAGGGAAGGUGCCGAGAUUGACCCGCAGCACCAAAGCAGCUCCAGAUGAUAAGGCUGUUAACCUGAAAAAUCUUGUCAUUAAUCUAAGUGGGGAUACAGUUAAAGAAGCCUUGCACUCUGGAGAUGAGGACAGUGAACACUGCCAAGAGUCUUUGAAGAAGACUAAAACAGAAAUAUCUGUUAAAGAAGUGUCUAGAACACCAAGUUACUUCAAAGAAGUAGAUGAUCUCAGCCCAGACGAAAAGGAAGACCCUCUGUCUGAUUCAGAGCCACCUGCUGAGCCAGAGGCUGUUUUACUUGCCCGGCAAAUGGAGCUGGAAAGGGCAGUGGAAAAUAUUUCAAAGCUAGCAGUUGAGCAACCACCAACACCAUACAAAGAACCUGCUACUCAGCCCUCUACCGUGUUACCACCUGUUUCAGCAGAGCCUGAAGAUGAAACAGAAGUGGAAAAGCCUGCCAAUCCUGCAAGUGAAACUGAGCUUGCUGCUGCAAUAGAUUCAAUCACUGCGGAAGAUAUUUCUGGUGAUGCAGAUGGAUUCCAUGCUCCUUCUACGUACACAGCACUCCUUCCCACAUCAGAGCCAUUAGUUUUAUCCACAGCAAAUGAGGUUAUGGAACCGGAGACAGACUUGGCAAUAAAUAAUAUUAUAGAUUCUGAACCAUGUAGUAGUUUGACUCCUGAUGCCAAGUCAUCUGAACCAAGAAAUGCUAUUGAAUGUCCCCCAUCAGAGAUGCCCAAGAAGGGAGGAAGAGCGCGGCCUAAAACGCCAAAGAAAUCCAAGGGUCGAAAGGUUUCUGCUAACAAAAGAACAGAUAUCUCAGUAGGUACACUAUAUGAUGCUGAACCUGCAGCAGUUAAACUACCAGAAUCCAUUCCUGAAGACAUUCAAACUGUCAACCCAAAAGCAGCCACAUCAUCAGCAAUAGCUACUGUUGUCACUGUUGCUGCUGCAUGUAAACAUGAUGUGGCAUCAACAGUGACUUUGGACACUCCAAAGGAGGCAGAACAGCCUGCUAUAGACCAGCCUGAACCUCAAGAAUCAGCCUUCCAUUCUGGAAGUAACAGUCCUUCGUAUUUCAGAUCACCAGAACCAUCCUUACAGCCAGUAGCUCCUGCACUUAGCCCAUCUCCAACUCGACUAAGUGUAGCACCAGCUCGUUUAGCUAAGGUACCGCUCACAACCCCUGAUUGGAGAAACAGGACAGAAGAGAAGGGUGCACUGCCUGCACCCCAAGUUACAAUGUCUGCAUCAGCACCAACUGUAGGAGUAGGGGGCCCUUCAGCAAAUCCUCCAGUUCCCCCUGACACAAAAGCUUCUGAUAUUGAUCCUAGCUCUAGCACUCUGCGAAAGAUCCUGAUGGAGCCAAAAUAUGUAUCUGCUUCAAACAGCAAUGCUGUUCCAAGCACACUUCUUACAACCACAUUAGCAGACCCUCGGAUGUCUCAGAAUGAAAAUUCAUCUGUCGUGAAGGCAGCACUUCCUGAGGAUAGACCCAGCCCUAUAACACCAGUUACACCACAAAUGGUACCUCCACAGCCACCUCCCCAACCCACUGAGACCCUGCAUAUAUUCAAGGAGAAAAUGGGGAAUUCAGUCAUCUCUUCCACUGCUACCUCAGUUAUUAGUCGGAUUCCUAUGCCCUUCGAUUUUGAUGACACUCCUCGCAUCUCUUUGAGCAACCGCAGCUCUGGACUGUCUCAGCCUAAGCAGAAAUAUCGUUUAGGUGUGAAUGAAAACAGUAGAUACCACGGACUCUCAAUUUCUGAUGAAGGGCGAACUGCUUCUGAUAAUGCAUCUAGUAACACAGGUUCUGGGCCUGGUUUAAGAGUAAACACCUCAGAGGGGGUGAUGGUACUGAGUUAUUCAGGUCAAAAGACAGGAGGACCUCAACGUAUUGUUGCAAAAAUUAGCCAGAUCCCACCACCCAGUGCAGUUGACAUUGAAUUUCAACAAUCUGUUUCAAAAUCUCAGAAGCAAGAGUCACUUCCAACUCAACCCUCUACUCCUAAAGGAUCCCAGACACCCACAGGUCAAGGACAUGGAGGUUCUGUAUUAAACAGUCAGGGGUUCAGUGCCCAGCCUGUCAUUUCUUCCAUAAAACAGGACAUUUCUGUUUCUGACAAAUCUGAAUUACCAUAUCACAGUGGUCCCCAAGGUGCUCCAGUUAAAGCUUUCCAACAGUCAAGUUCCAAUACUCAGAUUCUGAGGUAUAACCAAUCUAUGUUGCACCAACCACACACCAAAAAAGCAUCAAUAGCAGAAUCUGUUUCAUUGAAAGCUGAUGUAAAACAACCCCAGGCAUUCAAUCAAAGUUCUGUUUUAAGUCCACACCCUUCCACUUUAGCAGGGAAUCACAUUUCUAAUCCAAGUACUCCUAAUGACAGGUUGAUCUGUCAUUCAAAACAAGAGCCACACUCUCCAAGGACAUCAGGCAAUUCAGCCUCCCCGUUCUCUAAGGUUUGUCCCACUAGUACCUCAGUAGUCCUGGGUCCGAGUGGGCCAUUGCCUCAGUAUGUGACAAACGUACAUCACCCCGAGCAGUCAGUCAUCAUGCCCCCUCAUAAUGUCUCACAGUCAGUGCCCAUUAGUCAUUUGCCUCAAGGAAAUGUCAGAAUGAAUACUCCAUCACUCUCUGGAAUUAAUUAUGGAAUGCGUACAGAUUCUCUCUCCUCCCCACGAUCCGGUCCUCAACAACGAUCUGCCACACCCCAGCCAGCAGUAAUCAGAGAUAUGCUGCUUAAAUCACACGCAGGUCAAGUGAGUGGAGCAAGUGAUGAUGAUGUGCGACACUUCCAUCAGGGAAGUCGUAGGCCAUCUGUGCCUCAGUUACAGUCAGAUGUCAUGGUAAUCCAGCCUGAGUACAAGGGGAUACAUCAUAGUGCAUUGCGUCUGGAUCAGUACAACAGAGACGUGCGUAUACUUAUGCACCAGCAGUUGACAGACCAUCCUGGAGUUAUUGAAGCCCACCAGACCCAAACACCAGAGCCCCCAUCAAUGUCGUCUUCUUCACACAUCUCUACAGCAUCCUCCAAAACUCCCCCUGUUGUUAAGAACUCUCCACAAGCUAUGAGAGAUGCAUCAAAAGCACUGGAUGUAAAAAUGCCACGUUCUCCUCAUUCAGAGAGUAGAAUAGUUGGCCAUUCUUCUGGCUCUGUGAUCGCUCCUCAAGGAGUGCCACUGCUGCAUCCUGGCAAUGCAAGCUCCAUACCUGAGUACUACAGAGAAAUGCGUGGCUUCCAUUCCCAGUUACCUAGUCAUUCAGUAAUUGGAAUCAAUGUGGCCAACCGUAGCAUCACUCCAUCUCAGGGGUCUCAGGAAGGUGAUCACAGGCCCAAAGUUUCCCAUAUCACAUCUGGUGGGCCACUUGCUGAAACAAAAAUUGACAUCUCACAUGUUAGGCAUCCAGGCUCAAUGGAUUUAUCUCAUGUAGCUCGAAUCCAGAGUGAGACUGCCUCUCCCUCUUACACCUCUCCAACAACCAUUACACCCAAAUCGGAUUUAUCACCCUCUCUGCAGAAGGGACUUCAGAGCAUAGCAUCAGGGCAGCUUCCACUGCACUCUUCAUCAUCUUCACAGAUACGAGCAGAUAUAAAACUUGACCAUGCAGCACAUCCUUCAGUUGACAUGGUGCAUCUCUUAAAAAAAUAUCCUAUUGUAUGGCAAGGCCACUUGGCACUGAAGAACGACAGUGCAGCUGUCCAGUUGCACUUUGUAUCUGGUAAUAAUGUACUGGCUCAUCGCUCACUGCCACCACCAGAGGGAGGUCCUCCUCUUCGUAUUGCACAGAGAAUGCGUCUAGAAGCUUCUCAGCUUGAUGGAGUUGCAAGGAGGAUGACUGUUGAGAGUGAUUACUGCCUCCUGUUGGCAUUACCUUGUGGCCUAGACCAAGAAGAUGUUUUCAACCAGACUCAUGCCCUCAAAACAGGCUUUAUUACAUACCUGCAGGCAAAACAAGCUGCUGGAAUAAUCAAUGUUCCCAACCCAGGCUCCAAUCAGCCGGCCUAUGUUGUCCAAAUUUUCCCUCCAUGUGAGUUUUCUGAGAGCCACUUGUCUCACCUUGCUCCGGACCUUCUGAACAGCAUCUCCAGCAUCUCUCCACAUCUCAUGAUUGUUAUUGCAUCUGUCUAAGACUUUCCUGGGAGAGCCCAUUUUUCUAAAUGAGCAGUAUGCCAACACCAGCUGAACAACAUUCUGGAAAAUGCCUCAAUGUUGAAUGGGUUUACUCCUCUUUGGACAUGCAUUCAUUUUUCCUUUUUUCUUUCACCGGAUCCUUAACUCAUUCUUUUAUCUCUUAUUCCAUUUAACCAUUUAACUCUCAUUUGAGAGCGCACACUAGUAAAUGGAUCUAGAUUUGCAAUGAUCAAUUUUCUGAUCAUUCAUUUUACUGUUUUCAUUGCUAAAGUUUUGAAGGUUUGUAUCUAUGGUUUUUUAACACAUUAAAGAUCAAAUCUUUUGCGGUUAAAAAGGCAUGGGACUGAGAAACAAUUGUUUUUUAUUUCAUUGAAAUGAUGAUUGUGAUUUAUUAUUUUUUAAUUUUCUUAAAAAUGGAUCAGAUCAAGUCAUUGCACUAUGUUAGGGAAAUCAAAACAUGGAAAUCUGUGGACUUUGUACAGAUCCAAAUAUUGAAGUGAUGCAUAUUACUUUGACAUGCCUCUGUCACCAGCCAUGUGUGGAAAAGAAAAGAAAAAAAAGCUGGUGAGAAAGCAUUUUGUGAAAUUUCUUUGUGAACUGUUCGAAAACAGUGUAUGAUAAAUCAACUGUUUAUACUGCAACUACUGUUCUGUCACCAGUCAGCUAUUUACUUCCAUGUCAUUUUUUGAAACGGCUCUCAAUGUGCUCUCUGUUCUUUCCUAAAGGGACUGAGUUAUUGUGAGUCAUAGAGUUUACACUUGAUGCCUCAAUAGGGGAUUGUAUGUAAAUGUUUUCUCUUUCUAUUCAAGACUUGAGGUUACUUGGGUUAAGUGGGACUCUGUAAAUAUUAUAAAUAUUUAAAUACGUUCAAAGCUGUCAGGAGACCCUGUGGAUUACCCAUAACAAUGGAAACAAGAUGUUGCCAUCAACCAUAAAAGUCAGUGUAACCAGUAUCACCUGUAUUGCUUUAUUUGUCUGAAUCAGUUCAGUGCCAAAUUCUUUUGAAAAGAAAGAAAACGUUAAUCAGUUCAAUCAAAUUUUAUUUUAAUACUUGACUUUGUAUUUGUCACUGGAUCUUUUACAGCUCUGCUUUCACUUUGCCUUGUUUUAUAUAUUUAUGGUCCCCUACCUCUGUUUGUUAUGUUUCUUUUUUAUUUUUAUUUUGUCAGAUAAAUGCUCUGACAAAGAUUGUCAUAAUUGGGGGUUCUGUCUUGUAUGAAUCCUGAAAGUGUGUUCUUAACAUUUUUGCUUUGUGUUUUAACCUUUUAUGUAUCAUUUUUGGCCUCUCAUCAGAUAUGCAUCUCAGUACUGAGAUGUGACAUGCAGAUGGUCAAAAAUGAUUUGUUUAAAAAAUGAAAUAUGUAAAGAAAUCUGUACAAAUCUGUAACUUCACUUCCCCCUUUCUUCGGGUGUCUGUCAUCUUGAGCCAAGAUGUAAAUAUUCAUUUUAGUCCAUGUAUGUCCUAAUUUUGUUUCCUCUUCAUUCGGUAUCUUUAUUUUGUUUUGUAAGACAAAACAAAGCAGUCUGAAGAAACAGAACCAAAAGUAAAGCGAUGCAGAAAUUAAACCAUGUGUCUCACUCUUGCAGUGUGAUUGUACUGACUGCAGACUGAUGGCUCAUGAAGACAUUAUAGGCACUUAUAAUUUUGACUUAUACAAAUUAAAAAUCAACAUAGCAAAAUGGAAAACAAGCAGAUCUUAGAUUUCCUUUCUGAUUUAUUUUAUGUCAUUGUUCUGUGUGUAUUUUGCUGUUCCUCUAUGAGGACAUUUCGAAAUGUAAAAAAAAAAAAGGAAAUUGUUGGGUAACACUUCUACAGAUCAUUAAAUGGUCACUCAUUAUCUACCUUUAA